AUGGCCACCAAAAUCGACGGGCACAUUGGCUUCGCGGGUGAUCUGACCCCAACGACCGCCAGCGAUACUUCAGCAGCUGGCUCGCCCAACGGCUCAGAGCCUGCAUCUCCGAAGAGAACGUUUAUGAAAAACGAGGUCUUGGCUUGGCAGCAAGAGCUCCUUCAGGAGUUUUCGUCACCUGCCUUCCAAAAGAGACUGCGGCAAGCUUCCAGUCUGCAAGCGGCUGAGUACGAGAAAGCCCGAACGGCUUUAGUGCGCGAUGCACACUGGGCCGUGGCUCCUCAGCACGGCUUCCCUGCCACGGACUUAGGCAUUGAGCAGAUGCUCUUGGCCGUGGACCAGUUUCUGGAUGACAUGGAUGUGUCCGUCAACCAGCAGAUUAUCCAGGAGCACCUGGUGGCGUGCGAGGUGCCAGCGCCUUUCAAGGAGCAAACGGCUCUGCCGCUGGGUCACGACAAGAAGGCGCUGGGCAGGAGAGAUGUAGUCAGACUGCUCAAGAGCCUCCAGGUCAGUUUCAGCGAGCCAAACUUUCAGCAGGAGCUUGCGAAGCUGAAGGAAUCGGACAUGAAAGCAUCUGGCAUAGCAGAAGCCAUGGGAUUCCUCCAGCUUCCUGGACGAAAUGAACUUGCUUUCGCCAUCCAGGAGCAGUUGGCUCCUUGCUUUGGCUUUGAGGCCAGCAAGCAGGGGAUCCUCGCAAUGAUCUCGACGUGUGCGCAGUUCCUGAUGGAUCCGGAGAUCGCUGAGCUGUUUGAUGCCGUCAACAUGAAGUUGGGCAUGACUCCGGAAGCAUGCAAAGCCUUCCGAGCGAAAGUACUGCCGCAAACAUGUGGAUGA